UGACACUGGUGUUAAAUAAAACAGCUUUGAAGAAAGCUCUUGUUUUAAGAAAAAAGUCUGAAAGAGUAAUAUUUAUUAUUGAAUAAAUGAUUUUAUACAUCGAUGCUUUGCGCGCGAACGCAGACGGAAAAGCACAUAAAUUGAAAGACAAAUAAACAAAUAAAAUAAACACGUAUUUAACAAAAGACAACAGUGCACCAAGAUGGCUUCAUUCUUCAAUGUGGGCGCUCUGGGCAAUGUUUUCUCAACACCCAUUGGACAGCGUAUCGAGGCCGCCACCGAUGCGUCACUGGCCUCGGAAAAUUGGGCGGCCAACAUGGAAAUCUGCGAUAUGAUCAACGAAUCCUCGGACACGGCUCGCGAUGCAAUGCGCGCCAUACGCAAACGUCUCUCACAGAACGCCGGUAAGAACAAUCAGGUGAUUAUGUAUACGCUCACCGUGCUGGAGACGUGUGUGAAGAACUGCGGCAAGGCGUUCCAUAUGCUCGUCGCCCAAAAAGAUUUCAUCAAUGAGCUGGUCAAGUUGAUUGGGCCAAAGAAUGAUCCGCCAGCUGUGAUGCAGGAGAAGGUGCUCAGUCUCAUACAGAUCUGGGCAGAUGCAUUCAAGAAUCAACCGGAUCUCAAUGGCGUCACACAGAUGUACAUGGAGCUGAAGAAUAAGGGCAUUGAGUUUCCGCCCACCGAUCUGGAUGCCACGGCACCGAUAUACACGCCCCAAAGGAGCGUGCCUGAAGUGCCGCAUCCACAGCUCAUGGCUUCACAGCAUCACGCCAUUUCGCCACAGCAUGCGGCAGCUGGAGCUGCUGUCGCGGUGCCCACAGGACCGUUGCAUUUGACACCGGAGCAGGGCGCCAAGUUGCGUUCGGAACUGGAAAUCGUCAGCAAUAACAUGAGCAUUUUGGCCGAAAUGCUGAGCGUAUUGAAGCCGGGCCAGGAGACGCCCGAUGACUAUGCAUUACUCAACGAGCUGACCGCCACCUGCAAGGAGAUGCAAUCGCGCAUUGUCGAUCUGAUUGGCCGCGUGCAGGACGAUGAAUUGACUGCGGAAUUUCUGCGCAUCAACGAUGAGCUCAACAAUGUGUUUUUGCGUCAUCAGCGCUACGAGAAGAGUCGUGCCCAAGGCAGCGCAGCAGGAGGCGGAGCCGCUGCAGUUACUUCACCAUCAGCAGUGCUUGGCGCUGCCAUGGGUGUUCCAGGCGUCACAACGGCGACAGCAGGAGCUGGAGCAGCUGCAUCGCCAUCGAAUGCUGCUAUCAGCAAUACGCCGCAAAGUGAUCAGCUGCUAAUUGAUUUAAUUGAGAGCAGCGAGGAGCAGCUGCCACAGACCUUUGGACAGUUGCAACUGGGCGCUACAGGUGGUGGCGCAGCUGCCGGAGCAGUGGCAGCUGGAAUUCCCGCUGCAGCUGCUGCUGCCGAUGAAUUCGAUAUGCUCGCACAGUCGCGUACCGAUGGCAACCAUAGAACGGAUCUGCUGCGCGAUAUUCCCAGUGUGGAUGCAGCGGCUGGCAGUGUUGCAUCGCCCUAUAGGCAGCCAAAGCAGUCACCUACGCCACAGCAGCAAGGUCGUGGAUUAGCCGGCGAUCCGCCGGUGGUAAGUAAAUCGACGAAAGAGAAUGAGAUCGAUGAAAUGGAGGCAUGGCUGGGCAGCUCAAAGGACAUUGAUGGUAUUGAGGAACUGACCAGCUCCGAGUUUGAUAAAUUCCUUGAGGAACGCGCCGCAGCCGCUGAAAAUCUUCCAACGAUCAAUGCAUCGAACUCCGCCGCUAGUGCCACGACAGGAUCAGGAUCGGGGCUCGCCCGCGGACCCGAUAGCAGCUUACGACAGACGACACCAAAGAAACCCGGCGCUGACGAGGAUCUGCUUGCGCUUUGAGUGCACAGAUUCACAUCCAUUCAGAUCCUUUUUGCAUCCUGUGCAGUUCCCGCAUUGUUUAAUCUUUUAAAAAUGUUACACACGCCUAACAUAAUAUAUUUAUACAUAACGUAUAUACAUUAUGCAUACAUAUAACAAAAACAAAAUAGCAUACAUUAUACAUUUCAAUGUAAAAUGCUUUUAUUUUCUGUAAUUCAUUUUUCUAAAUCUUUACAAAAUAUUAUUUACGUAAAACAAAAAUUCCAAAAAACGAAAAACAAAAAAAAAAAGAAUCGCAAAUCGCAAGAAAAUUGUACUGCAACGACAAUUGUAACUUAUUCCAAAA